CAUAAACCGCCACCAUUUAUAUUUUUCUCUACCCUUUUCGUCUUCACUCCCUUUUUUUCUGUCUUCAAGAGUUUUCAGUUUCAGAGAGUUCACUCUUAUCUCUUCACGUUUCCUUUUCUUCAGGUUUUCUUUCUAUUGCUUGAGGGAGCAAAGAUCAUUCUGGGAUAGAAUCACAUAAUCAUCAGAAAGAUGGAGAUAACUAAUGUGAUGGAGUAUGAGACCAUUGCUAAGCAGAAAUUGCCAAAGAUGAUUUAUGACUACUAUGCAUCAGGUGCAGAGGACCAGUGGACUCUUAAGGAAAACCGGAAUGCGUUCUCUAGGAUUUUGUUUCGACCACGCAUUCUUAUUGAUGUAAGCAAGAUUGACAUGACAACAACUGUGUUGGGGUUCAAGAUUUCAAUGCCCAUUAUGAUUGCUCCAACUGCUAUGCAGAAAAUGGCUCAUCCUGAAGGAGAGUUUGCAACUGCUAGAGCAGCCGCUGGAGCUGGCACAAUUAUGACGCUUUCCUCAUGGGCUACUUCCAGUGUUGAGGAGAUCGCUUCAACAGGACCUGGCAUUCGUUUUUUCCAGCUCUAUGUGUACAAAGACAGGAAUGUGGUCAGACAACUAGUGAGAAGAGCUGAAAGGGCUGGUUUCAAGGCGAUUGCCCUUACUGUGGAUACUCCAAGGCUUGGUCGUCGAGAAGCUGAUAUCAAGAACAGGUUUGCCUUGCCUUCAUAUCUGACUUUAAAGAACUUUGAGGGCUUGGAUCUUGGCAAGAUGGAUAAGACUGAUGACUCUGGAUUAGCUUCAUAUGCUGCUGGCCAAGUAGACCGAUCACUUAACUGGAAGGAUGUGAAGUGGCUUCAAACGAUCACAUCAUUGCCAAUUCUGGUGAAGGGUGUUAUUACUGGCGAGGAUGCAAUUCUAGCCAUACAGCAUGGAGCUGCAGGAAUCAUUGUAUCUAAUCACGGAGCUCGCCAACUAGAUUAUGUUCCUGCAACUAUUACUGCUUUGGAAGAGGUCGUUAAAGCUGUACAAGGCCGAAUUCCUGUUUUUCUUGAUGGUGGAGUCCGGCGUGGAACAGAUGUCUUCAAGGCUUUGGCUCUAGGAGCAUCUGGAGUAUUUAUUGGAAGGCCGGUAGUGUUCGCACUAGCUGCUGAUGGUGAGGCUGGUGUGUGGAAAGUACUUCAGAUGCUUCACGAUGAGUUUGAGCUAACUAUGGCACUAAGUGGCUGUCGUUCACUUAAGGAGAUUACUCGUAACCACAUUAUGACCGAUUGGGACACUCCUCGAGCUGUAUCGAGGUUAUAAUAAUCCAGUCUUCUACAUCAAUACUGAAGCUGCUGAAGGUCUGUUGUUUAAAUAAGUUAAUCCCAGAUUGAAGGGUUGAUUGUAUUGGAAGAACUAUUACUUUUGUAGCGACUAUAUCAUAUUUAUAAUGGAAAGGGUGUGAUGAUUUAUCUCCA